AUGAAUGAUGCGGCUGGUUUCGUCCACAAGCAAGCGGUUACUCGCGAUUAUAUUGCACAACCAAGAAUAAGUAAUAAAAAUUUCAACAAAACCCAUUGUUUUAGGCUAUAGAACCGUGUCAGGUGUCAACGGACCUCUAGUUAUAUUAGAUAACGUGAAGUUCCCAAAAUAUGAAGAGAUCGUGAAGCUUACUUUAGCUGACGGUAGCGUGAGAAGUGGACAAGUUCUUGAAGUCAGCGGAAAAAAGGCAGUUGUCCAAGUUUUUGAAGGGACUAGUGGAAUCGACGCAAAGCAUACAACCUGCGAAUUUACGGGCGACAUUCUACGCACUGCCGUGUCUGAAGACAUGCUUGGCAGAGUGUUCAACGGUUCCGGAAAGCCAAAAGACGGUGGUCCUGCUAUUCUUGCUGAAGAUUAUUUGGACAUUCAUGGCCAGCCCAUCAACCCUUACUGUCGAAUUUAUCCCAAAGAAAUGAUACAAACUGGCAUAUCAAGUAUUGACGUCAUGAAUUCCAUCGCCAGAGGACAAAAGAUCCCAAUUUUCUCAGCGUCGGGUCUCCCACACAACGAAAUUGCGGCCCAGAUCUGUCGCCAGGCCGGCCUCGUACAUGGGUCUGGCAGCGAUACUAAAGAGGACGAACGGGAUAAUUUCGCCAUCGUGUUUGCCGCAAUGGGUGUCAACAUGGAAACCGCCCGUUUCUUCAUGCAGGAUUUCAAAGAACAUGGCUCGAUGGAGAAUGUGUGUUUAUUCCUAAAUCUUGCAAACGACCCAACCAUAGAACGCAUCAUCACUCCCCGCAUCGCACUUACUACGGCGGAGUAUCUUGCCUACCAAUGCGAGAAACAUGUCUUGGUUAUUUUAACUGACAUGAGUUCGUACGCUGAAGCUCUGCGGGAGGUAAGUCACUUCCGAUAAUUAUUUUGGGUUUUCCUCCACACUUAGAGUCGGAUGUUUUUCAGAUUCUAUCCUUUCCAUAGGUUUCAGCCGCUAGAGAAGAAGUUCCUGGCCGUCGGGGUUUUCCCGGUUACAUGUACACUGAUCUGGCAACGAUAUACGAACGAGCUGGUCGUGUCGAGGGCAGAGGCGGUUCGAUCACUCAAAUUCCGAUCCUCACAAUGCCGAAUGACGAUAUUACCCAUCCUAUUCCGGAUUUAACAGGCUAUAUCACUGAGGGACAGAUUUACGUCGAUCGUCAACUUCACAACCGUCAGGUUUGUGUUCUCGUUUUGAUUAGUACAGUAAAUAUACGCCUGAUUCUGCUUGCCCUUGAUUAGUCUUAUUUUUUUUUACAGAUUUACCCUCCGAUAAACGUUCUACCUUCACUGUCUCGGUUAAUGAAAUCAGCCAUUGGUGAGGAUAUGACGCGAGAAGACCACGCCGAUGUCUCAAACCAGCUGGUAAUAACAGUUUGAUGUCGAUUAACUAAGAUUUUAUUUCGCCUUCCUAGUUUCGUUCAAGAGCUCAGUUCCUCUAUACCCGCAUUCAUGUCGUUUCCCACCAGCUCACAGGCUGUAAUGAGAUCAUAUUGUUUCACCUCUGCUAUGAUUUUUUGAAGCGGCAAGUGUAAGACAUCCUGCAGGAUUUGCACCCGUAUCCAGUAGGAGCCUACAUCAUCUGCGCCCGACUAACGAUAUAAAGCCCACUUAGUUCUUAGAACUGAAACCGUAUAACGACGCAUCAUCACUGCGAAUAAUCAGAAUGUAUGUUGCGAAAUACCUUCACCAUACGCCCAACGCGGAUAUUGGUUUGGAUCUCAGGUACAUGUUUCGCGGAUUUUCUGCUGCUUCAUGGUGCACUCACAAAGGGUUCAACUUCGCCGUGUUUCCCAUAUAGUUUCUGGCGUAAACCGAUUUCCCGUGAGACUUAUAGUUCUGUCAAAAAUUGACUGUUGAGCCAGAAGUCUCCAAUACGGUAAGCUGCAGCUUGGCCCCGAAUUUGACACAAACGCCAGCGUUUCAUUCUUUCGGCGGCUGGAAAUCCGCGUAGUGUUAGUGGAAAUAGCUCUGCCAUACUCUCAAUACGUGUCCUAACUACAAGAAAUUGCUGGUGAUGCCCCGAGGUACCCACUAAUAAGCCAUAUCUCCCGCAGCCAUAUAAUGCAACGGCAGGCAGGCGAAACAUGUGCAUGGGUUUUUAACCAACCAUUUUGCUCUAACAUAAAGGCCGCGGCGUACAGACGACCCUUACCUCUGACGAAUCGUGUCCGGGAGCCUAAUUGGAUCUUGGGCUCUGGAUUUUUAACACAUGACGCUCUUUUUUCCUCUACAGUAUGCGUGCUAUGCAAUCGGAAAGGACGUCCAAAGCAUGAAGGCAGUGGUUGGCGAGGAGGCUCUUAGCCCCGAGGAUCUUCUUUAUCUCGAAUUCUUAACAAAAUUCGAAAAGAAUUUCAUUGCCCAAGGUAUCUGUCAGUUUUUUUUCUCGCGUCCCUUUGUACACUUGCUAUUUGAACCCACCAAACCCUGCUUAGCCUUAUCCUUCAGCAUUGCCCCAUUCUACGCUGCUCUCACAUGCCAGACAUUUUAAGCCCGUACCUGGCACCCCUAGCCACCAAAAUGGGUGGCUUUGUUGUCUAAGGCAUGAAAAGAGACCAAACAUGUUUCACAUCAGAGAUCGCGCCGAAAUUCUUGUACAACCACUGUUAUUUAUCACGCCUUUACUGAGUUAGACCUACUACCGUUACUGGGACACAUAGAAGAAGGAAAGCGAGAGCUUAUUUGUCCCUGCAUGACCUUCGCCAUAUUAAGUCUGGCGUACCUUGACCUUUGUUGGUGCCUUAUCAAAGCCUCAGCUCGGGAGGUUACACACUGACAGGUUGCCUCGGUCUCCGAGGACUACAUUUAAGUGGCUCGUUCUGCAUAACUUUGAUGUCUCUUACUUAGGUAAUAUCUACGUGAGGAAAGUCUGGCUGGUGAGGAAAGUCUAUUUUGACUUUCCUCACGUACAUAUUACUAGCAUGACAGAUGUAGAUGAGGUCAGCCGCCGCGCCCGUUCUCGUCUUCAGUCGUCCUAACCUUGUCUUGCUAUUAGGGGGAAGUGCGAAAUCGACGUUUCACAAGCUUCCCUGACUGUGACCCGAUUCACAUCCAAGGCACCACUGCUCUGUGCCUCAGGGUAUUGGUCCUUUUCGCCUUCGCUGUACCAUCAAUAUUAGGUCUUAAAUCACCUUCGGCCGCGCCUGUUACUUGCUUUCAAAAAGGGUUUUAUGCUGAGUUUGAUCAGCUUUAUCACUAACACGACUUAAAUGCCGUCACCAUAACGUCUGAGAAAUUGACGGAAGUCCCCAAAAUGCCUCCAGAUUAGGAAACACCCCUCGCUUGGAGCCACAAUACAGAUAAAUACUAAGUCAGCCUUCAGGUGAUUCCAUACAGCAUGUUAUGGUUAUUUUCCAUGGAGAUUCUCCCUACCACUUCCGACAAUUUCCCCCAGAAGGACUUUAGAAAUAGAAGUUUAAAAUUUAUUGAAAACCCAAAAAAUCAUGGCUCAGCAACUAAAGUAUUCGCGAAAACGCAGGCAGGCCCAAUUCCCGAGGUAACUGUCACAGCAUGGUUGCAAAUUCUCACUAGGCAGCACUCGAGUCCUACGACAUCUGUUGGUCAUGUGUUCUGAUUCAUCCCGGACUCUGUAACAAAUUAUCUUAGACAGUCGGGGUAGCGGUCACGUUAUUGCAACUACUCGAGUCGGGGUAAAAAGGUAACAGACGCACGAAGUUAUGGAUGCAUGCCUUCAAGGAGAGGUCGCAUUGUCGGAUAUUUGGGAAUCUGGGCAGCCCAUGCUGCAAUGGGAGGUGGGCGUUUGGGACAGAGCGUUCAACCUAACGCCAUGAAACGUGUACGGCUUCAUGUUUUUUCGCAAGUCACGUGUGCUUAAUAAAACAUGGAGUGGAUUUAUUUUUAGCGUAUCCCUUACAUGUAGUCACAACAUGUCAAAUUUCACUGCCCACAUGCGUUUAUGUGAUUCGUAAUCCCGAUUAGAAGGAGAUUAGUCUCUUUAAUAAAGUUGAGGCAACCUACAGUCAUUUUCAUCUUCUAUGCCACCACGGCGACAGUGUCAGGAAUCGGUUUGUCUGGCCGUCGUGCGGUCGUACAGCAUGUGCGCCGGACAGUAGGCCGAAGGAUACUUAGCUGUCCUCGUUGUUUUCUUCGACUUUGCCGAAUAAUGACAUAAACUGGCAACCCAGGGCCCUAUCAUUUACGGGUGCAUCCCUUCUGUUCCAUAUAUUUAUGACAGCCUAAGUGUCGUAGGCUGUUGAAGCAUAUGCGAAAUGAUCUUAACGCUGUAGUUCAAGACUAAAUUUAGUAAACCCCCAACACGAGGUGUUUCAUUGUGUUGUGUCAACAUAAAUUGUGAGACAUCCUUAAACAACAAAACUAUGUGCAACUCAGCAAGAAAGUCUUACGUAAAGUAGGCGAAUUUGAUUAUAAUUACGAUUUGGUACAUUCUACCUCUACGUGCCUCUUCGUUAUUGAACAAUGAAUUUCGUUAGGUGUCUAAUUCUUCUUGAUAUAACCCUGUACUUCCCAAUUCUUUCCAAUGCUCGUAUGAGCUCCAUCAUCAUUAGUUGAAAAGCCGGAACUUACGACUUACAGAACCUGCUGGAUAUUUAGAAAAUGAGUACCUUGUCACUCUUCUUUCCGAAAAAAAUCUCGCAUUCGAAAUAAUUCAUUUGUUGCUUUAGCUGCGCCGGUGCAGUUUUCCUUGACACAACCCCCUUCUCUGCCCACCUGUGUCACCUGUCGUUAAAUAUUCUUGAUAGUCGACUUCCUGUUUCCAUAUCCCGCUUUAUUCCGGGUAAUUUAUAUUCUGGUCGCCGGCGUCUUGGUCAUUUAUGUUAAUGCGAAACCCCUCAGGAUCGAUCCGCUUUAACAUAUGAGCUGUUCGCACGAACGAGCGGAUUUCUUAAACGUUGCUACCGUGCCUAGUUAGGUUUCCCUGUUCAUAUUUUGACCUUGAAAGUAAUCUCGUUCUUGAGGUCUGGUUGGGCAUGCGCUACCAAUUUCAUGAGUUGUUGGAGUGAAGUUGCCAUAAAGACAACCUGAAAAAUUCCCGAUCCCUAACCUCCUCCACCGUCCUUCACUAGGCCCCUACGAGAAUCGCAGUGUCUUUGAUUCACUCGACAUUGGCUGGGAGCUGCUGCGAAUCUUCCCCAAGGAGGUGCUUAAACGCAUCCCAUCGCGUAUUCUCGAUAUUUACUAUCCCCGGCGCAUGGAGACGGCCGCUACUGCACGCUAG